AUCGAUUGAUAGUUGGAUUGUGAAACAUACUUGUCAUAUAUAUAUACAUUCCAUAUAUAUAGAUAGCACACCCAAAGUCCAGUUCCUACGUUCCUUCCGACCACUUGUGCUGUUAAAAUUAAAGUAAAAUGCUUUCAAGAUCCUUCAGAACCGUGGCCAAGAACACUCCAAGAGCUGCCGCCUUGAGAUCAUCAUACAGAUUUAUUUCUUCCUCUCCAAUUGCCAAAUAUGCUGCCGAGGAAGAAGAACUUAUCGACUUGAAGUCCCUUCCAAGAAAACAAGUACUGGAAAUCCAUGUACCAUUGGUAAACCCAGCAGACAAAUACAAAGAACAAGUUGAAGAAUUGCAUAAGUUCGGUCGUUAUAUCAUGGCUUGUAUGCCUAAAUACAUUCAACAAUUCUCUGUCUGGAAGGACGAGUUAACCAUCUAUGUUGCCCCAAGUGCCCUUAGACCAACCAUGAUCUUUUUACAAAACCAUACUGCUUCUCAAUUUAAGGCUUGUAUGGAUGUCACUGCUGCUGACUACCCAUCGAGAACCAACAGAUUUGAUGUCGUAUAUAACCUUCUUUCUGUGCGUCACAACUCUAGAAUCAGAGUCAAGACUUACGCUAACGAAACUUCCGCCGUCCCAUCCGUUGUUCCUCUUUUCGAAGGUGCCAACUGGUUUGAAAGAGAAACAUACGAUUUAUUCGGUAUAUUUUUCGAAGGUCACCCAGAUUUAAGAAGAAUUAUGACUGAUUACGGGUUUGAAGGUCAUCCAUUGAGAAAGGAUUUCCCAACCACCGGUUACACAGAAGUCAGAUACGAUGAAGAAAAGAAGAGAGUUGUUUACGAACCAUUGGAAUUGACCCAAGCUUGGAGAAACUUUACUGUCGGUUCAUCCGUUUGGGAACAAGUUGGUGAAGGUAGAGAUGACACCCCAGAAUCUUUCAAAUUGCCAACCCCAGAACCCGAACCAGAAGCUGAUGCCGAAAAGAAAUAAUCAUAGAUCACUCGCCCAUUGCAUACUCGGAAAUCAUUCUAUACACAUAAAUGACAUAGAACAGAAAGACAUGUAGUACAGGUACAGUAGAAUUAGCAGUUUUAUUAUUCUAAAACUUCUAUGUAAGAUAAAUUGGUUGUCAUUAUUACUCUACAAUAUUAAUAUUCACUGUAUUUCUUAAAAAAAUUUAUUGGGGGAGGGUGCAUUUUUCUCAUAACU